AUGAAUUCCUUGUUGCAGGAGUACCUUGUCCAAAUCUGUGUUGACUCCAGCGGCAGCAAGAAAGGGAAAGAAAAGGGAGGGACGAAAAAGGCGGAAACCAAAGCAAAGUCGAAGGACGCCGUUGAAGAGCCCAGCAGUGAGGAUGAAGCCUUGGCCCCCGUUCUUGCAGCAGAGCUGAACGGGACCACGACCAAUGCCAGCGAUGGUCCUCCAAGUCCGGAAGAGUCACCCUUUGUCGAACUUCCUGCAGCACCACCCUCAGAGGACGAGGGCCUUCCAACAGAUGCAGUGCUGAAUCCAGAUGACAUUGGCAACAGGAGACUUCUUGGCUUGGCGAUGAGGACAUUGCUUGCGGCUGGAGGGGGAGGAGACGUGUGUCCAAGUGGGGAGGAGUCCUUUUGGUCCAUUCGGGCACUCCACGAGACGCACCUCUUCAUUUUUGUGCUUGCUUCAGUGCACAUCGUCUUUGCGGGCGUCUCCAUGGUUGUUUGCUCUUGGAAGGUGCACCAAUGGAAGCAGUGGGAAGAGAAGGCCAUGCAGAACCUGAAGAGGGUCGAGGUUGGGAACGUGCUUAAUCAAGACUGCUGUUGCCUCCACUACCUCCAAGCAUUUUUUGCCCAGUUCCACCAGCACAUUGACGAAUCCAUGUACCUGGGACUGAGGCGUCUGUUCAUAGAGCGUAUGGAGCUGGACAGCAGUUUCCGCUUUCACGAGUUUCUUGUGAACUCGAUGGAAGAGGAAUUCUCCAAGGUGGUGAAGAUCGACUGGGUGAUGUGGGCUGUAGCUGCAAUUUGGAUUGGGACCGAUGUCAUCGUUGUGUACAUAAUGACAGGUAUUGGUGUGUUCAUGACCCUCCUGGCGGGCACCAAGCUUGAGUACAUUGCUCUGAAGCUGGGAAAUGAGGCCUACAUGUACUACUCUGACAAACCCCCUCCAG